AUGGAUUACCAAGAGAGAGAACUCGAGAAGCAAUACUUUGCUGAGGUCAGCCUCACAGCCACCUAUCGGGGGCAGAGACUCGUUGACUACGACACACAGAGUGACGGCGACGACCUUGACAAGACGCAGAGAGUCGCAGCCCUCGUCAAGAACUAUAUCAAACUAGGGAUCCUUCCAGUGAAAGUUACAGAAAAGUACAGGAAUGAAAACUACAAAGCUCCUGGCUACAUAUUCUCGAAGAGAAUGUACGUUUGUCAGAAACCAACCCAACAAGCGGCUAAGGAAACCAUGUUGGCCCACCUUGAGCAUCUCAUAUCAGAGCCAGCGACCAGAAGGGAGUCGCGGGCAGAACAUCGUGCUCCUCGUAGGUCUCGAAUUGACGCCAGACAUACUUCUAUACAGCAUCGGAGUGCGCGCAAUGCGGAUGAUUGGUUUACAAGCGAACUCCCAUGGGAUACCUCGAGGAUAUCAGGGCGAGAUACCAGAAGGGAACAGCAGGCAGAACUCCCUACUCCUAGUAGACCUGAAAUUGACAACAGACAUACUUCUAUAGCGCAUCAGAGUGCGCACAAUAAGGAUGAUUGGUUUGAAAACGAACUCGAUUGGCGCAACAGUGGCCAGUAA